UGCUCGACAUUCCGGAUGUGACGUAUGUCGUUGUUGUUCCAGGAAGAAGGGAAGAAGGGGAAGCACUGCGUCAACUGCGUCAACAGCUGUUUUUAGAUUACAUUUGGUUUCCAGCUUCUGUACAACAUGUCAGCUGGGUUCAUCCAUUGCUGAGUGAUUUAUGGCACUAUUCAUGGACAGGACUUUAUUAGGCAACAAUAUGGACACAUCAAACUUUGCCCACGUCAUCUUUCAGAAUGUGGGAAAAAGUUACUUGCCCCAUGCUGCACUGGAGUGUCAUUAUACCCUGACACAGUUCAUUAAACCACAUCCAAAGGACUGGGUUGGCAUAUUCAAGGUUGGUUGGAGCACAGCGAGGGACUAUUACACAUUCCUGUGGUCGCCUCUCCCUGACAACUAUGUGGAAGACACUGCAGUCAACAUAACAGUGGUGUUUCAGGGAUAUUAUGUGCCCAGUGAUGAUGGUGAGUUCUACCAGUUCUGCUAUGUCACUCACAAAGGGGAGAUCCGGGGUGCCAGCACACCAUUCCAGUUUCGUGCUAACAGCCCAUCAGAAGAUGAGCUGUUGACUGUAGAAGAUGAAUGUAAUUCUGACAUACUGGUGGUCACCACCAAGGCUGGAUUGCUGGAGCAAAAGGUGGAAGAAGCCCAAAGAGAGAAAGAAGAGCUGGUGAAAAAUGUGAAUGUCCUGCAGCAGGAGAAGGAGCAGCUGGAAGCUGAGAAGAAGAACCUGCAGAAGGAGUGUGAGCAGAAGGAGGAGACAUGUAUGCAGCUGAGACGAGAGAACCAAGAUGCACACUGUUCUUCUCAGGCCUUGCAAGAGGAGAAAGAGGAAGUUAAGAGGCGUCUGGAGGAGGCCACAGCCAGAGUCGUACAGCUAGAAGAGGACCUGAUUGGAGUCACCCAGAAAGGCCUACAAAAAGAAACAGAGUUGGACAGUCUGAAAGAUAGAGUGAAGAAAAUUACAACAGAGAAGGAUGCUCUUGAAUCUCAUCUGAAGAAUGAAAAAGAUGAAAAAGAACUCUACAAGAUUCACCUGAAAAACCGAGAGCUGGAGAACACUAAGCUGAGCGCUGAGCUGCAGCUGCUUAAGUCUGUGGAUGUAAACAAGGAAAACACCAUUGCCCAGUUUAAAGAGGAGGUGGGGCGCAUGCAGGCCUGUCUCACUGAAAAGGAGAAGCAACACAGAGAGAUAUUGGCCAAAGUCUCCCUCAUGGGCGAUAUGAAGGCCCUAAAGGAACAGUUGCGUCAGAGGGAGGAGCAACUCCAAGCCAACCAGCAGCAGAUGUCAUUGUUAGCAGCUGAGCUGAGGGAUGCGUCCAGCGCCCGUGAUCGCACCAUGUCUGAUCUCUACCACAUGAAGGUGGAAGCUGAUGCUCUUCGCCAGGCCAAGGCUGAAGCUCAGGCCCAGUGCCUCUGUCUGGAGCGCCUGGUAGAGCAGAUGAAGGCAGAGGCCGAGCACGAAGCAGUAAGGAGGAGACAUGCCAAAGCAGAAGAAGAAGCUGUUGCAGACCCUGCUGUUGUAGCAGAACUGCAGAAAGAGGUGGAAGACCUGAAGCUACGGCUGCACAUGGCUGCAGAACACUACAAGGAGAAAUACAAGGAAUGUCAGCGUCUGCAAAAACAAGUGGCUAAGGUCUCUGAGCACCAGGGGGAGCAGAAAAAAAGCUCAGCACAUGAAACUACAACUAUCCCUCCAUCAGCAAGUCCAGACACAUCUGUACCAGGGAGUCCAGGUUCUGCUGAUCCCAUGCUGGAGGCCAUCAUCCAGGAUAAGCUCAAAGGCAUCAGCAGAGAGGCUUCUGACAGGAAUGACAAGUACAGGAAGUGCAAGCAAAUGUUGAUGGAGGAGAAGGAGCGUAGCUGCAUGUUUGCUGAUGAGCUGGGGAAGAUGGAGUUGAAAUUCAAAGAGCAGCUGAAGGCCAAUGAGAACCUGAAACUGCUACUUGCAGCGGAAGAAGAUCGCUAUAAGAGCCAGGUUGCUGAGAAAGGAAGAGAGCUGAAGGAACUGAAGGACACACUCGCACUUGUUGUGAAAGAGAAGGAAAAAGUGGAAGGGGAGCUGCACAAGGGCAGCAGCAGGAAGGCAGAUCAGGGAGCUGGUGAGAAAACCGGUUUGGACAACAUCCCAACCAGUGUGCCUUUGUUCCUGCAGUUCCCAGUUCCUUACGCCCAGGACACCCCGACCCCUCUGCUGGUCUCUCAGAGCCCCAGCAAGCUGCAUUAUGGGAACCCUUACUCCAUUUCAGAUGCAAAAGAUGAUGAUGAUGAUGAGUUCUCAGACGACCAGCUGCUGAGGCUGCCCCCCGUGGGUCCACCCUCCUGGGACAGCAAUGUGGUGUGCAUCCAGCCCACACGCAACCACAGCCGACCUGAUGGCCAGGACGAGUCAGAGGAAAAGCCAAGCAACAACAAUGGCAUAACCAAUGAACAGCCCGCAGAGACUGAAACUCGCAGCCAAUUUGUGAACGAUGCACAAACUGCCUUUUGCUUUGAUCCCAGCAUGGACAUGAAGCGAUGUCCGCUGUGUGAGGUCAUCUUCCCACCCAACUACGACCAGAGCAAGUUUGAGGAGCACGUGGAGAGCCACUGGAAGAUCUGCCCCAUGUGCAGCGAGCAGUUCCCGCUGGACUGCGAUCAGAAGGUGUUUGAAAAUCACGUGCUCACUCACUUCGACGGCCAGACACUCAGCUUUGACUAGACGUGGAGAGUCAGCACAUCCAGCCCACCUGCUUUCUGUCUAAACUCCAUCUGCAUGUAACCGUGUGAAGAUUCACUUUUUAGGCUUGUACUGUCUCUUUAAUUCAGCUUAGACAAGCACUUUGAGAUCUGUGAUGUUUUAAUUCAUUGUAUAUCCCAGGAAUCAGCUGUAUUUUAAAAGAAAUUAAUGAAUUUCUUUUUGGAUUUGAGGAGUAAUUCAGGGGGUUAAGACUGUUGUUAAAUACUGACUUUCAGCACUCAGCUCUCACAGAUCUGUUAGCAGGAUGUAACACUUCAGGGAACGAGAUACGUGUUUACUUGACUUUCAUCCGAACACAUCCAACAAAAUGCUUCCCCACUAAAAACGUCAUUGUACCACUCAUGUUAAUUUUUAGAAAGCAGCCUUGGUGCACUAUAUGCAGUCAGGAAAAAAAAACCUUCUGUGAUUAUAUAUAAAUAUAUCAUCAGAUCAUCUAUUUUAGAAUAACUGAAGCCAAUGAUAUUGUGAAAGCCUUGAUACUUUCUGUACAGUAUAGAUUAGUUUUACAUGAGGUGUCUUUGUCUUCAUUUCUCUUAUAACUGGGUUUUUGUGUCAGAAAUUUGCUAUUAGUUAAUCAGUGCAUGAACGCCUUCUGUUAAAUCUUUAAUUCUUUCAACAUUAGUUAUUUCAACAUUAGUUAUUUCCUUCGUAGACAUGUUUAAUUUUUAGUGGGUUUUAUGUAUCUAAUAUGAACCAAUAAAGUCUGUUUGAAACUGA